CAACCGUUAACCAGCAGUGCAAAUUGGCUGAAAUAUUUUUCAAAAAUUUAUUGACUAGGCAAUCCAUAGUUUUCUAAAAUGUCUGGGGGAUGUGGAGGAGGAUGCGGGUCCAGAAGAUCUAUUAGCUUGAUGAACGAGUCAGAUAGAUCGCCCAGCAGAUACAGUUAUGCUCCUGAUCCUAAUACGGUUUACUAUGAACAGAGACAGACAACCUCUACGAGACGCAUCGGGGUUCGAUUACCCACACCCGAAGAAGAACGAAUGAUUUUAGCAGCUACUUCGCCAAGCAGCAACAGUCGCUAUUUGAUGAAUUCGUCUUCGUCUUCGUCUUCGUCCAGACCCCGCGAAUCUUCAUAUUCCAGGCAAUAUUUGGACGCUGGCCCAUCAGUAUCUCAGCGUUCCCUUUCGCGUUCAAUUUCUCCUAGGAUGUCCCCAAAGCAUUCAACUUCGGUUUUGUCGAAGCUUUCGGCAAGCAGGCAGUCUACUAUGAUCGAGGAUGAUUUUGAAGACGAAGAUCCAUUUCCUGGUAGUUUCCAGGCUGGUUCAUUUGGUUCUUCACGUAGAAGUGGUUGCGGAUGUUAGGUAAUUAAAAAAUUUAGGCGCUGGUCUUCGCUAUGUUUUUGUAGUUAUUGUUUAAGUGUUGUAAAGCGAACUUUAUAUUUUUAUUUUAUAUUAUAUGUCAUGGUUUUCUUCUAAAGUGUCUAAAUAAACCAGAGGGCGGGUAAAUAAUCAUUAGAUGCCUAAAAAUCAUUUUUUAAAUAAUAAUUUUUCCCGUCUCUGCGCAUAUUUGAAUACUUGCUAUCGGUUGUUUUUUUUCCAAAAUUACAACAAAUAAAUUUUGUAAAAUUUAUUUUGUUUGAACUUUUGGAUUUGAAAAUUGGUCGAUGAAGUUUUUUGUUUAAUGACUAGAACUAGUUUCGUAUUUUUUAUAUUCUAGAUAA